AUGGCCAGUUCCGUUCAAGCCUCGGGGGCUGCAAAAAGAAAUCCACCAGGAGUCCAGCUUUUUUUGGGGCCCUUCGCCGCUGAGGCGAAGUGGCACCGGCGCCGCCUCGGAGCCGGGCUCUGGGGGAAGUCUCUGCGCGAUGCGCGUUCUUUGGUGCACUCCUGGCGAGCUGUGAGCCCUUGGAACCAGGUGGCGGUAGCGCUGUGUUCGCUGUCUCUUCGGGUAGUGGCUUUUGCGGGGCCUCACCUUCCUCGUCGCCAGCUCUCGCUUGCGGCCCCGAUCACCGUGCUGGCCGGCGUGUUGCCGGCCUUCCCGGCGGCCGCCGCGAGUGAUGGAGGGGCAGGGUUCCAGGCGAUCAUGUUCGCUCCCGUGAUUAGCUUGUUUGCCAUCAUUGGUGUCGCCAUGAUCGGCGGAUUCGUGCUGGGCAUCUUCGUGCCGCCAGGGGAAGGUGACUAUGGUGACUUCGAAACCACCUUGGGAGAAAGAGAGGCACGCGAGCGUGGCUGGCGCCGUGGCGUGCUUCGGGGCUACGAUGAGGAGACUUAUGCAGCCAUGCGCGGGCAGAGCAAGGAGUGGGCGCAGGUGGACUACCCGUUCGCGAAGCCGAAGCCGCAGCCAGGCCGCAAAACAUGCCACAGCUGCCAGGCUGGGCAGGGAAUGCUCCUUUUCGUCACCGUCAGUCCUCGCAGCUGUGAGGCAGAGCGCCGCAGGCUCCGGGUGCGGGUGCGCCAGGGGCUCCUGCUCCGGGCGCUCCUGCGGGCGCUCCCGCUCGGCCUGCUGGGGCGCCACCAGGCGCGCCGCCCGCUGGCGCGCCGCCCGCUGGGGAAGGGAGGAUUCGCAAGGCGCUUCAGGGCGCUCAUGGCUCUUUCUGCGAAAAAAGCUUCAAAGAUCGCUUUCCUUGAGAUCGAGUUGUUGCUGCUCUCGAGCACUCUUGGUCCGGUCCAUGCUUCUCUGAGAGCCGCUGCGGUUUUCAGUGCCUCUCGUGGGCGCCCCACGGGCUUUGCUCAAAGGUUCGUCAAGAUGGGGAGUGCCCUGGCCACUGACACCAUCCCGGUACUGGUGACAAUGGUGGAUGUUCACAAUGCAAAAUCCCAGGACAUGUUCUACUUCUGCAACGUUGGCAGCGGUGGAGCUGCCACGAAGGUCAUUGGGCGGUCACAGACCUUGAGCGUCGAGGUCGGGAUAACUACGGUUCUGACUUUGAUCGUCUACGAGUGCCCCGAACCUGUCUUCACGCCUGAGACGGCUCGUUGCCUCGGGGUGCUCCGCGUACCUGUGGAACGGUUAGCAGAACGCUACAGCUCAGGCAUCUUCCAGCAGUGGUUCAACCUGGACACCAAGACGGACCCGCGGAUGCCCGCCGGGGACCUCCAGUCCCUGGUCACCAAGUUCGAGCAGUCUUACGCGGACUCGGUGAACGACAUCUACCAGCCCAAGGUCUGCUUGUCCGUGAUCGGCUCCUCCUUCGAGGUGCAGCAGGGCUCGAGAUCCACCUUUGGGAUCUUCGUCGGCGAGGAUGUGAAGACCCAAGCAGGCCCUGACCUGAAGGCGCUCAUCGCCUCCCACAAGCAGCAAGCCGCGUACAUCGAUGCCCUGCACGAGGAGCUCCGUCGUCUAAACACCCCGUCUUAUCGGCCUCUUGCAGCAAGCAUGGCGCAGCCCAUUGGCCCUGCAACUCCUGGCUCCUUUGCGGUGCCCAGACAGGGACCGGCCUUUGGUUCUGGCUACGCCUUCGGCGCGCCCGUGCCAUCGUCGAUGGCACCUCAUUGA